UUCCAUUCUUCAGAAUUUUCUUUAUAUCAAGGUAAUUAAUUGCUUUUUCAAUCCUUUCUUCUUUCAUUUGUGUACUCAGAAGGGAGAGAUGGUGAGAGGAAAAACUCAGAUGAGGCGUAUAGAGAACGCGACAAGCAGGCAAGUCACUUUCUCUAAACGCAGAAACGGUUUGCUAAAAAAAGCAUUUGAACUUUCAGUACUAUGUGAUGCUGAGGUUGGAUUAGUUAUAUUUUCUCCAAGAGGAAAGCUCUAUGAAUUUGCCAGCUCUAGCAUGCAGGAGAUAAUCGAACGCUAUAAGAGGCAUUCUAAAGACAAAUUUCUACCUGAAAACCAAGCAGUGGGAUACAAUAUGCAGCAUUUGAAGCAUGAGACAGCAAGUUUGAUGAAGAAGAUAGAACUUCUUGAAACAUCUAAAAGGAAACUCUUGGGAGAAGGUUUAGGGUCCUGUACCCUAGAAGAAUUACAGCAAAUAGAAAAACAGUUGGAGCGGAGUGUUAGCGCCAUCCGGGCGCGAAAGAUGAAAGUCUUUAGGGAACAGAUGGAAAGAUUGAAAGCAAAGGGGAAAGACCUUGCAGUUGAAAAUGCAAUGCUGAGGGAGAAGUUUGGAGGUCUUCAACAGAGACAAACAUCAAGCGGAGAGAAGGAAGGAGAAGUUAUUUGUAUAGAGGGAGGUAGCGAUAAAUCGGAUGUGGAGACAGAAUUGUUUAUUGGACCACCUGAUGAAUGUAGAAUAAGGCGUCCCUUACAGAACUGAUCAUAUAUAGGUGAAUUAGUUUUGGAGUACUAUCCCUUAUCUGCAGUUUAAAUGUAUAAACUUUGACCAAUUAUCGAAUAUUAUUACCUGCUAAAUGAUU